CAAUGUUGCCAGCAGAUGAUCACGCGCUGUGGUUGCUGUGUCACAAUUGCAAGUCAAAGUUGCGGCCCUGCGCACUAUGCUUUGACACGGGUGCCCAAGAAGCCUCAGAUCGAGCGCUGGUGCAUAAAAACAGAGGUCAUUCAGAUGCUGUCUGCAACGCGCUUCCCACAUCCAAUCCACCAUGAGCAUAUUUCACAAUAGCCUGAGACGCAGACAAACCAUACCACCAGCCGAUCCGUCUCCUGAUGGAAUGUCUCUUCCUUCCUUCUCUGGUUCCGCCAGCCCUCCAGAUACAUGGGUUGACAUAUCAUCCACCGACUAUGCCCUCAGGCGUAGAGAGCUUAUGCAGAUGAUGUCUGAUCUCAAAUCCAUGGGUGCCGAGGCGCUCAUCGACUUACCAUCCGUAGUCGUUAUCGGUGGCCAAUCAGCUGGCAAAAGUUCCCUCGUCGAGGCUGUCAGUGGGAUCAAUGUCCCGAGGGAUAGCGGAACAUGUACAAGGUGCCCUAUGGAAUGUACAAUGUCCAGUCAUGCCACGUCGUGGUCUUGCUCUAUCACCUUACGGAUGGGCUUCGAUAGUGAGGGCCGAGACCUGCCAAGGACUACUACUGUGCCAUUUGGUCGAACGAUCACCAACAAAGAUGAAGUUGAAGUUUGGCUGCGUCGUGCCCAGUCAGCCAUUUUGAACCCGAACGUCCCUUCUUCGAGUUUCCACGCAAAGACCAUUGAGGAACUCAGGAACACCAGAAAUACUUUGAAGUUCUCCCGCAAUGUGGUGUGCGUCUCGAUUGAAGACCCCGAUGCAACCGACUUGUCGUUCUAUGAUUUACCGGGCUUGAUACAAAACGAAGAAGCCGAAACUGUUGCCUUGGUAAAAAGUUUGGCGGAACAUUACACCAAGAAAGAGAACACUAUCAUAUUGACCACAAUUCCCAUGAGUGACGAUAUGGAAAAUCAACAAUCCAUGAGUCUCGCCAGGGCCGCAGACCCAGACGGAAAGCGAACGAUUGGUGUCCUUACGAAGCCUGACACACUCGGUGCUGGAGCUAUCAACCAGCGCCGAAAAUGGGUAGAAAUCAUUGAGGGCCGUUCGGCGGAUCAUACAUUGAGGCACGGAUUUUACUGCGUGCGUCUUCCUGAUGAUGCCGAACGCACACAACGCCUGUCUCGUGCCGAAUCACAAAGGCGUGCUGCUGAAUAUUUCGAUACGACGUCCCCCUGGAGAAACGUGACCGACCGUCAUCGAUUUGGAAUUCCGGGCUUUGUCUCCGAUGUAAGCCGACUGCUAAUCCAGCUGAUCGAGGAAGCGUUACCGCGUCUCAGAGAAGAUAUCGACAAGCUCCUUGCCAAAUGUAUGGCGGAUUUCAAUGCAUUGCCACCACCACUUGCAAAUGACCCACAAAUCGAGGUUUUAGGACGUGUUAAUGCGUUCUGCGAUGUCUUCAAGAGCUUUGUGAAUGGCAGUCACGAGGACAAACGUCUUGCGCAGCGGAAUCGUGCGCACUAUGCUAUUUUCAAGAGGGAUAUACGCGGCACUGCUCCUGACUUUAGGCCUUAUGAGAACCCGGAAGAGCGUCCUCCACUGGAUGAUACCGAGGGGAAGAUGACCCUUACGGAACGAGACCCUGGGGUGAAGAUGAUGGGUGUACAUGACAUCAGCAAGGUCAUCGAUGACUCAAUUGGAUGGGAGCUUCCGAACAAUGUGCCAUAUCAGGCGAAGGCGAACCUCAUCGCUCAAUUCAUUAAACUCUGGGUUGCUCCGUCUGAGCGCUGUCUCGUUGGCGUUAACGAUGUGCUCGAUCAAGUCAUCAACACACUCAUAACCAUCCAUUUCGGACGCUUCAAAGUUCUCGAGGGUUAUGUCGGCAAUUUGAUUAGAGUUCAGGUCGAUAUCUGCAAGGCGCGCGCCAAAGAAGCUGUCAAAACAGCUUUGAAUUUGGAGACUACUCCAUACUAUACUCAGAACACGCACUAUCUUCAAACACUCCAAGAAAAAUGGCUGGCCUACUAUAAGGUAGCCCGGCAUCUUGAUAGAAGUCCAUACGAGGCUCCUCGCAGAAUACUGAAUCCGAAUCACUAUUAUGAGGAGAGUCUCGAGUCCAGAGCUUUGAGGGCACUUGCGGAAGCAGGGUACGUAGGACUCACUGUAGCAAAUCUCUCACGUCUGUUACCUCCCGAACCAUACGAGAAGGAGCUAAUUGUGAUGGCCGACGUUCGAGCAUAUUAUCAGGUUGCCUACAAGCGCGUCAUCGACCAUAUUCCUCUGACUAUCGAGCAUGCUCUCCACCACGCCCUGGCGGAACAACUAUCGCAGAGCCUUCUCACGAGCUUGCUGACCGAUGUUGCGUCUGGGCCCAACUUCUCUGAGCGUAUGAACGAGUUGGUCAGUGAAGAUGCUUCCAUCGCUCAGAAGCGCGCGUCGCUCUCGUCACGAAAACAACGUCUGUCAGACAUUCGCCGGAGACUCAUGACCUUCAGUAAUAGCACUUGAUCACCAUGAGGGGUCACGAUGUAUGCUAGUUUGCUGGACUUUCGUGCCAAUGUAGAUUUUAUCGUUGACCUCUUAUUGACCUCUGUAAGAGAAACCGCAAUUGUUUAUUUAUGUGCUAGUGGUUGCUGUAUUUUUCUGUUGUGCUUGAACGCACUGGGGAAAAAAAUAGAUUACAC